AUGGGCAACGGCCAAGGAAAGCCCGUCGAUCUCAGUGGCGAAGUAAAUCUUAAUCACUUUCGCCUGUUGCGGGUCGUCGGCCGAGGCGCUUUUGGCAAGGUGCGCAUUGUCGAGCGCAAGGACACGAAUUUGUCCUUUGCCUUGAAGUACAUUCGGAAGGAUGAAGUUGUUAAAUCCGAAAGCGUGCGCAAUAUCAUUCGCGAGCGACGAAUGCUGGAAUACGUCAAUCACCCCUUUAUUUGUAACCUGAGAUACAGCUUCCAGGACAUCGAAUACAUGUAUCUCGUCGUGGAUUUGAUGAGUGGCGGUGACCUGCGAUUUCAUAUUUCUAGAAAAACCUUCACCGAGGAGGCUGUUCGAUUCUGGAUUGCCGAACUCGGAUGUGCCCUGCGUUACAUUCACGAGCAAAACAUCAUCCACAGAGACGUCAAGCCUGACAAUGUUCUACUCGAUUCAGACGGUCAUGUCCACUUGACAGAUUUCAAUGUGGCAUCAGACAUCGUUCCAGGAAGGGUGCUUACUAGCAAGUCAGGCACAUUGGCGUAUCUAGCACCAGAAGUCUACUCAGGCAAAGGCUACACUGUGUGCGCCGACUGGUGGUCUCUGGGAGUUUUGUUCUAUGAAUGCAUCUACAACAAGCGGCCCUUUGAUGGCAGCAGCGAAUCCAUACUCAGUCAACAAAUUCAGAACUCGACUCCCAGAUAUCCCGUCACACAGCCGCCCGUCUCGCUGACGUGCCUCUACUCUAUCCGAGCUGCUCUGGAUCCAAACCCACGAACUCGCAUGGGCUCAACUUGGGAGAGUUUUAUUUGCAAUGACUUUUUCAGGGAUAUUGAUUUUAAUCUCCUGGAACAAAAGAGGAUAGAGCCUAUUUUCAUACCCUCCUCUGAGAAAACCAAUUUCGAUGCUACAUACGAUCUGGAGGAAUUACUCCUCGAAGAGGCACCACUUGAGGCCCGAGCUAGACGCCAAAAGCCUCGAGCGAGAUUAAAGGAAGACGCAACAGACCAGGAGAUUAGAGAGGAUGAGUUAUACCGCAUGAUUGAAAAAGAUUUCAGACCCUUUGAUUAUACUGUGGCGGCGUACAAGAAAAUCACGGAGGCAUCUCGUAACCUGAAUGAUGAUCCACGGCAAAACGUGCUGCUAAACAACGGCCCGCAAGCCCUGACGACAGACGAAGCCACACCUAUUCCUGCUGGUGGAUCGGUUCAACAAGCCUUGCUUCCUAUACCCCCAGAGAGGAGGCCCAGUCCUGGUCACCGACAAGGCCGACCUCUGAGUCCAGCGCCGCCGCCUACCCUGUACCACCACAGCGAGUACGUCUCACGACCACCGCCGCCGAGAAGUAAACGAGUAGCAAGCUCUACUGGAGGCGUCUCAGUGACGCUGGAUGGUGGGGGAAGUUGGUCUGAACUUGCCCGCCAGGAUGCCACGCUCCCGACUGACGCCAACACGCCAGCCGAUCACAAGGCUGAAAGUUCAAGUGGCGUGUUUGGUUUCCUUAAAAGCAAAAAGGGCAGAAACAACAGUCCCAGACCCAAGGAAAGAGGAGUCCUUGGCAAGGAAGGCGCACGAGUCGUUAUCAGCUAG